CCCCAUCGCCACGCUGAUUGCAUGUUUUUCGUUCGAGCUCGAAGAAAUAACGAUUGCUAAUUAAUAUGAUAAUUAUCGCGUCCGGAAUGGGCGAAACUGCGGCCAUUAUAAAUUUCAAAUAAAUUCACAAACUUAUAUGAUAUUUUCUUCUGAGGCCAGCUUCCGAAACAAAGCUGGCAAAGUUUAAGCGGCAAUAAAUUAAUCCAUCGUCAAAGUGCUUCUCGGUUGAACAAGGAAAAAAAGUCUUACUCAUGUGCUCGAGAUCAUCACAGCGAGAAGCAGCGAAAAAGAAACGCCUACUCGAACAGCGCGCUUGACGCUGAUUGGUUAAUCUUUCUCCCGCUUAUGCUGUGCUUGAUGCAGUACAGACUCUUUGUUACUUCAGUCGGAUGGACUUCUCUGCUGAUGAAGCGAUCAGUACUCAUAGAGCAUACUUUUCACUAUUCGUUCGUUGUACUUGGACAAUAUCGGUUGCACUGUUCUGGUUCUGGUACUUGUAAACGCGUGUUUCAGAAUAAGCAAUGUUUACGCCGUUUUGUAAACUGGAAACACGUGAUCAUUACGUUCCUGCCACUACACCGGAAUACCAGGCGAUCGGUGUUCCCUUGGAGGGAAGUCAAACGGAUGGAUCUUACUACGAUACCUGUGCAAUAUCGGGCAGUUUUGAGCGAGUUGGUGGCAUUUACAAUAACGCUUACUGUUCUAAAAGUGUGCCUUACUAUGGUAGUGAUUUGUUUCCGAAUCAUUGGAUUAUAAGUGUGCCACAAACCUCGUCAGGAUACCCCGAAUCUCAGCAUUUCGUUGGUUCAUCAGAAGAUCGCAGAUAUUCGGCAGUUCCAGUAUCAUCUCAAUAUACAUACGAAUCUAAUUGUGUUCCACAUGCUCCUGGUAGUGAAUUGAAUUUGUGCCAUUAUAAUGCUAAUGAGUAUCAAGAAUCGACCGUUGUAUGUGCAAACGACAAAUGCUCAUUGGAUGGCUUCGAUGGCACGGUGUUCAAUGGAUCGAACGAUGUUACACCUGGAUACAGUGAAACUUACAUCAACAGGGUCAUUGAUAGUGAAUCGCGUUGCAGUGGUGAACCGGAAGUGGCAGAUAAUUGCGGUUUCCUACAGGAUUCUGGCAGUAAUGUGGAGCGCUUCGGCUUAGAAAAUGAAAGCGAUGGCAUGCGAUCUUCAUCUAUUGGAGGUAAUAAGGGUUUGAAAAUGAGUGUAACAAUCAAUAAAGCCGCUAGAUGA